UUUGAGAGAAAGAGCAGCAGCAGUAGUGCCCUCCUUCUUUUUCAUUCACUUCCUCUCUCUCCUUGUGUGCUGCAGAGACUUCACCGCUCAGCCUGCACUCUACAGCCUAUGCUUUUGAUGCCGUGCACAAGAACUUGAUAUCUGUCACACAAGAACCACAACAGAUCUAAUGCAGUCGCAGCAAAGCGCGGAAGUGGUUGCUGAUCCAGAUGGCACCCGGAUAAUCUACUCCGGGAAACCUGGAGUUUCUUCAGGUCAGCAACUAAUAACAUCUCCGGAUCUGACCCACAAAGUGAUCAUCUCUCCUGGAUUACCCACUCCUCCCCUGAGCCCCUUCCAUUCUGCGAGGCUGCCAUCUGGAGAAAUGAAGGUGUCAGAGCUGAAUGGGGGGAGCCCAUCAACUCUCAGCUUUGGAUCAUACUAUGGACCCUCGCAGUCAAAUAGCGGACUGUCCAACGGCCUUCGGGGCUCUGCCACAUUACCACGCAGCACGGGCCCCACCAGGGAGGAGAGGCUCAUCAAGUUCUCAGGAAUUGGCCCAGUGGAUGAGACUGGGAUGCCCAUUGCUUCAAGAUCAAGUGUGAACAAACCCAAAGACUGGUACAAGAGCAUGUUCAGGCAGAUUCACAAGAAGCCAGAAGAACCUGAGCUGGAGCCUUCAGAGAAGUGGUCAGCUGAAAGGAUGCAGUUGUCUGCCAACACAGAAGAAAGUAAUGAAGCAGACAAGAACCUCUUCAGACUAACACCUCAUGGAGCUCUACCAGACUGGAGCGAGGAUGUAGAUAGACUGUCAGACCCAGGAAAGCAGCACACUCAACCAAAGAGCAUAUUCGACUUUGAGCCUGGAAAGAGCACCACCCCAGAAAGCCACAGUCAGACACAUCUAUAUGCACAGAAGCCGCAAGAGAAACCCAAGUCUCCUUCAAUAGAGGCCAGUCUGGUGUCUGAGCUGAGUCGAUUUGAGGCUGAGCUGGACUCGGAGAUUCAAGGCCUGGAGCGGAGACUUUCCCAGAAGAAGCAGCAUCGAGGCUGGGGUGAGGAGGCUAGAGGGAGGGAUCCAGUAACUGCUCCAAAGAGUGGCACUACUAGUUACAGCAAUUCAUCAGCAUCAAAGCAGCCUGUCCAUCACUUUGUUGGCCCAUCAUCACCCUCUGUGCCCACAUAUGUAGAACGUCUUUCGCCUGCAAAUGAAACCAUGGAGGUCCCACCUAAAAAAGAGGAGAAAAGGAUGAAAGCAGCACGAGCCAAGUUUGAUUUCCAGGCUCAGUCACCCAAGGAGCUCCCACUGCAGAAAGGCGACAUUGUUUACAUCCACAGGCAGGUAGAUGCCAACUGGUUUGAAGGAGAGCAUCAUGGAAGAGCUGGUAUUUUCCCCACAACAUAUGUGGAGGUUCUGCCUCCUACAGAAAAACCGACACCUAUAAAGUCUCCCACUCUGCAGGUGCUGGACUAUGGGGAAGCUGUAGCUCUAUUUAACUUCAAUGCGGACCUACCUGUUGAACUUUCUUUCCGUAAAGGUGAGGUGAUCAGCAUAACCAGGCGUGUUGAUGAUCAGUGGUUGGAGGGCAGGAUUCCAGGAACAAGUCGCAGCGGCAUCUUCCCAGCCAAUUACGUUCAGGUCAACAAGAUGCCCCGCACCAAAUACUCCAUGGAUGACUACUCACCGGGACCCAUGUCACCCGUCUCUCCUGGACCCCAGAGUCCAGGACGUCCACUGCACUCACCUUCCCCGCGGUCACCGCUGUCCCCUUUCACCUACACUUCCCUGAGCCCCAAACCUGACCACUCCCCCGUGAAACCGUCUUCACCUUUACUGCUCGGCAGCCCAGCUUCACAGUCACGCUCUCCCACUCAGACACCCGUGCCCAAAGAAACGGCUAAUCGCUUGCACCUCAUCACUUCCAAACCGGUUUCACCCACCAACCACAACAAUCACUGGGCUGGGACACCCUCAGCUAACCAGAGUGCCACAGUUAAAACCAUUUCACCCUCCACUCAUUCAUCAAUGUCAGCACACAGAGCGGGAGCUCCCACAGCGAACACUCCCCGAUACUCUGACCACUCACAGGGUGCAAUACCUAAUCAGGCUGCUCCACAUGCCAACUCCCUGCCGCAAACGCAAGCACCAAACAGCCCCGGUUCACUGAUGGUGCAACACCAACCGUAUAAAGCUGUUUACAACUACAAACCACAGAAUUCAGAUGAGUUGGAGCUCAGAGAAGGAGACAUUGUACAAGUGGUGGAGAAAUGUGAUGAUGGCUGGUUUGUAGGUACGUCAGAACGGACUCGUGCUUUUGGGACUUUUCCUGGGAAUUAUGUGGCACCGGUUUGACUUCCUCACUUUCUGCUUGCCCACAUCCAUCAGGGGUCAUUAGCGGCCAACUAAUAAUGCCAAUAUCCACCACACUCCCCAAGUGUUGAUUAGUACAGCCUGCAUGUUCAUGAUGUGAAAGGGAAAUGAUGUGAUUUCUCACCUCACCUCCCUGCAUGUUUCCAUGUGUGUUGCACAGAGAUUCAAUGAGUAUAUUUUCAAGCACAUCACUUCAGAAGAUUGAAUGAAUGCAGAUGACACUGUUUCAGAUUGAAAGAAUGGAUUCUAUUGUUCCGCGACUCUUUGCAGCUGCAGGAAAUUUGCAUUUCUCCCCACUGAACAGCACUGUUUCUCCAGAGGUCCUCACAGUACGAUACUGCAUUCAGCUUUUCAUCACCACAGUGCCAUCACAAACCAGUGAAGUUUCAGUGAAGACCAGAACCUUUUCUAGCUUUCAUGGAAUAUUAAUAUUUCCUUCAAAUAUUUUCCCCAGAUUUUCUUUCAGAUCUCUGAACAGACCCGGCGCAGUUUUGAGGAAACAACACGAUAAUCUGUAAAUGGUGCUCAAAGUAAAGUGCAGUGUGGGCUCAGACAUAUCAACCUAUGAAUGCUGAAAAGUAUAAAAUGCAUGUAUUGGUCGCCUAAGCAAGUUAUUGAUUGUAUAAUGGAUGGUAUUUCUCAUUUAUAAGAAAAAAAGUUAAACGGAAAAUUUGAAAGUAAAGAGAUGGAAUGUGUUUGAUGCUGUAAGAGAAGUAUUUGCUUUGAAACUGAAUGUAGAAGAUGAGCUGUGUCUGUAAGUCAAGACUAGACGAUGGCUUCACAGCGACUGGCUGAACGAUCUUUUAAGGUAUCUGAAUUUAUUCUGAAUGUGCCAAAGCUAACCUUUAUUCACACGCCUGUGUUAACCUGCACAUUCCCAGCUCACUUUAUUCUUGCUACAUUGUUCUACUACUGCUUCUACAGUGUUUUCCCAGCUUAUGGGGUAAAAAUUCACAUUUUGAUAACAGUAUUCAGAAAAUCACAUAUAUUUGUGCCCAUGCAACCUCUGAGAGUUUGUAAUCCUAACUAAAGCAUCUUUAUUCUAAAGUUAUUUUGCAAUUUUAUAAGAUACAUUCAUGAUUUCACUGUAAAAAAAAAUGUAUAUUUAGCACACACAAAAGAUGAUUGUACAGACUGUAACCUGUUAUCAAAUGGAAAGCAUAAUAUAUAUUUGUUUUUAAAAAAUAUAUUGCAUAUGUAUGGUACGCAAUUUUUAAAAUAAAUCUAUUAAACAUUACAGAAUGAUAAUGAAAGAAGCUUUUGUUCAUGUGUUAAUUUUGUGGAACAGUAAUAUUAUUAGAUAUUAUUAGAAUAGCUAAACUAGAUUACAUAUAAGGUGACCGGGACUGUGUUUUUAAAUGUUUAUGCAGGUUUUAAUGCACCAGUGAGAGAAAAUUUCACAAUAACACAAACGCAUACAUGGUUAUCUUUCUCCAUAUGUGCAGCAGGAAGUAAACAAGCCCACGUGAAAUGAACAGAUAUUAAACAUAUUAAAUGUAUUAAAUAAGCUAAAUAAAUGGAAUGAUA